AUGAAUGGACCGAAAUUAGUGCCAUUUCCACAACAAAUUGUCACUUACGACACACAACUGGCAAUAGACUCAAAAGACUUCAAAUUUAUUACUAAAACCAAAAACAAAUGUCUUGUAUUAGGAGAUGCUAUCAAACGAUACAAAGACAUUACUUUUAUCAAUGAUUGCAAUCGUCUUAAAUCUGGCAGUUAUAGCAACAAAAGUUAUAAUAACAUCAAUUAUUUCAAGUAUUUUUCAACUUUGCAUAAAUUAACAAACAUUACUAUAGAGAUGAGAGGCCAUUGCGAAGAUAAUCAAUGGCCUGACAUGAAUAUGGAUGAAAUGUAUACCAUAAGGAUAGACGACGAGGACUUCCCGGAACAGGCCUUCAUAUUUGCCAACACAGUAUGGGGUGCUUUGAGAGCAUUGGAAACAUUUUCGCAAUUAAUUCAACAUAAAUAUGAUAAUAAUUUUGUAGUCAAUUCAACGUUUAUAUUAGAUUAUCCUCGAUUUACUUAUAGAGGAUUAUUGAUUGACACUUCAAGACAUUAUUUGCCUAAACAUGUAAUACUUGAGAAUUUAGAUAUCAUGUCCUACCAUAAAAUGAAUGCAUUGCACUGGCAUUUAAUAGAUGACCAAUCAUUCCCAUAUGUAAGUCUACAGUUCCCAGAGCUAAGUGCUAAGGGAGCAUACAAUCCAACUACUCAUGUCUACACUCAAAAAGAUAUUAAGGAAAUCGUUGAAUUUGCAAGAGUAAGAGGAAUCAGAGUAAUAGUAGAGUUUGAUAGUCCGGGACAUACCUUGUCGUUGGGUAAAGGAAAGCCUUAUUUGUUGACUGCGUGUUAUUCAGGCGAUAAACCAAAUGGCAAAUUAGGUCCAUUAAACCCAAGUUUAAACACAACUUAUGAUUUUUUGAACACAUUAUUUAAAGAAAUUGUUGGCAUAUUUCCCGAUCAAUAUCUUCAUUUGGGUGGCAAUGAAGUAGAUUAUCGGUGUUGGAAAUCUAAUCCAGAUAUUCAAACAUUUAUGAAAGUUCAACGAAUAAGUGGUUUAUAUUAUAAACUCGAAGAAUACUAUUUCAAACGUUUGUUUGAUAUUAUAACUAAUAUGAAUAAGACUUGGAUUGUUUGGCAGCAAGUGUUUGACAAAAUGAUUGAUUUGCCAAACAAUACUAUUGUUAACGUUUGUAAAGAGGACUUCAACACAGAGCUCUAUGAGUUGACUAAACUAAACUAUAAAGUUAUAUUAUCUUCAUGUUGGGACCUAAAUAUAAUAUCUUAUGGUUAUGAUUGGUUUCAGUAUUAUCAUUGUGAUCCACAAGCUUUCAAUGGCAGUGAUCAUCAAAACCAACUGGUUAUUGGAGGUCAGGCGUCAAUGUGGGGGGAAUGGGUUGAUGGCAGCAAUUUUAUAACAACGACCUGGCCCAGAACUAUGGCUGUGGCUGAAAGGCUAUGGAGUCCUAAAAGUAUGAACAAUACAACUGAAGCUCAAUACAGAUUUGUACGAAAUAGAUGUCGGAUGUUGAAUAGGGUAUCAAAAUGCAACCCAUUGUUGAACCAAAACAAUUUGAAUUUGGAUUUUGUAAUUGUGAUUAUGAGGUUUGAAAUAAAUGCCAUCCAUUACAUUAAGAGAUAA